AUGUAUAACAAGAAAGGAAAAGAGAAGGACCAAAAGAUCUUGCUGCAAGGUAUUCAGUUACCAAAGCCUCAAAUGACUGGAACUGGAGCUCCUGAACCAAAGAUAAAACUUGUAAUGUUGCCAGCAGUAAACACAGAAAAGUUUGAGUUCGUGGUUCGGCGGAAAUAUACAAGGACAGCAACUUCGAUCAAGUGCCCUAUGUGCAGCCUGGAAUGGUUGGAGCCCAUACACAAGCAGUACAUGGGAUAUAGGUACUGCGCACGAACAGAAACAGUCCCCUUCAACCAAUGGCGCGAAAAUUUAAAAGCAAGUGGAGCAGCCGGAAAAAGAAAUCUUGAUCUUUUUAUAACCAAUCUAAUGGAAGCAGGUGUUGUAUAUACCGUAGAUACCCGUGUAUAA